AUGACAAUCGCAGAUCUUGUUCGAGAAGCCCCUUUUGGGCAGCUUGUUCGCUUCCUCACAAAGGACAAGUACUUUCAAUAUCCUGAGGAGAAGCCUGGAUUCCAACUCCCCGAGUGCUGGGUCGAUCUCAUGAACAACCCAGAUCUACCACUUCCCUCCCCUAACCAAGAGCGCUCGUUGUCCGCGGACGACACUGAGCACAAGCGUCGGCCUGAUAUCGAGAACCCGAGCCCAAGCAACAAUAAUGAGAAGACCGAGUCGUCAGAAGGGGGGGAUGAACCUACGCCCCUGGAACAAAGGACGAGCCGCCUUAGUCUACGCCGCACCGCAACGAGCGUCUCUUCGCGGCAGUUUACCAGCGAGCGUCUCCGGGAGGAAGAGAUACAGGCGCUGGAGAGGACAGAGACGAUCCCCAUCGUGCCAAAACGAACCCGCGACGGCGCCAUCCUGGUGGACUGGUACUAUAGCGACGACGUCGCCAACCCGCACAACUGGAGCAAUCGCAAGCGUGCGGCUGUGACGACCAUCAUCUGUCUCUACACGUUUGUCGUGUACACGUCAUCGGCCAUCUACACCUCCUCCGAGCCCGAGAUCCAGCGCGUCUUUGGCGUGAGCAAAGUCAAGGCGGCUCUCGGCCUGUCUCUGUACGUUCUGGGAUACGGCGUAGGUCCGCUCAUCUUCUCGCCCCUGAGCGAGAUUCCCAUCAUAGGACGCAACCCAAUCUACAUGUCGACCAUGUGGCUGUUUGUCAUCCUGACCAUCCCCACGGCGUUUGCGCAGAACUACGCUGGCCUCAUGGUGCUGCGUUUCCUGACGGGCUUCUUUGGCUCGCCUUGUCUGGCCUCGGGCGGUGCCAGCAUGGGCGACAUGUACAGCCUCAUCUCCCUCCCCUAUGCGCUCAUGGCUUGGGUCGCGGCAGCCUACUGUGGACCCGCCCUCGGUCCUCUGCUCUCUGGCUUCGCCGUCCCCGCCAAGUCCUGGCGCUGGUCCCUCUUCGAGUCCAUCUGGGCCGCCGCCCCCAUCGCCAUCGUCAUGUUCUUCUUCCUCCCCGAGACGAGCACGCCCAACCUCCUGCUCCGUCGCGCGAAGCGUCUCCGCAAGCUCACGGGGAACCAGCGCUUCAUGUCGCAGAGCGAGAUUGACCAGCGCAACAUGCGCUUCCGGCACGUCCUCGUCGACGCCAUCAUCAAGCCCAUGGAGAUCACCAUCAAGGAUCCCGCCGUCCUCUUCGUCCAGGUCUACACCGCCAUCAUCUACGGCAUCUACUACUCCUUCUUCGAGGUCUUCCCCCUCGUCUACCCCGUCUACUACGGCAUGAACCUCGGCGAGAUUGGCCUCGUCUUCCUCUGCAUCCUCGUCUCGUGCGCCCUCGGCAUCGCCAUCUACGGCGGCUACCUGUACUUUCACCAGAACCCCCAGAUCGUCCGCUACGGCAUGCCCGCCCAGGAGGCCCGUCUCAUCCCGGCGCUGCCCGCCUCGUUCGGUCCCACCAUCGGCCUGUUCCUGUUCGCCUGGACCUCCCGCGCCAGCAUCCACUGGAUCGUCCCCACGAUUGGCAUCACCAUCUACGGUGCCACCGUCUUCAUCGUCAUGCAGUGCAUAUUCGUCUACAUCCCCCUCAGCUACCCGCAGUACGCAGCCAGUCUUUUCGCAGGCAACGACUUCUUCCGGAGCGCCCUCGCCGCCGGCAGCAUUCUGUUCGCGGAGCCCCUUUUCCACAACCUCGGCGUGGCCAAAGGCACCAGUCUGCUGGGUGGGCUGAGUGUGAUUGGUAUCAUCGGUAUCUGGCUGCUGUACUACUAUGGCGCUACCCUCCGCUCCAGGAGCAAGUUUGCCAUUUCGUCGACGGAGACCUUUUAG